UAUUUUUCCGAACCAAACGUCAAGAAAAAUUUUCUACUUUGUUAGUUUCAGGAAAGAAAAACUAAUUUGUAAUUGUUUAAAAAGCUAAUAAUUGGUUUAAAAAUAAUAAAUUAAUGAAAAAUGGCAUUAUCUUUUGAAAAUAUGUGUCGUACAUGCAUGCUUAACGAAACAAGCAGGAAUAAAGUAAAAAUGAAAAUGACACAAAUGGUGUCCAUUUUUACGGUGCCGCAAGAAGCCAAAGAAAAACUUAAUUUAAUGGAGCUGAUUAAAAUCACUGUACCACAAUUGAAAAUUGAUGAAAAUGACCAAUUGCCGAAAAAUUUGUGCUUGGAGUGUUCGGAAAAAAUCAAAGAAAUCUAUAACUUUCAACAAAAUUGCUUAAACAAUGAACAGAAAUACUAUAAAAUGUUAGAGGAGGGGGAUAUCAUUAAUCAACCAUUCAAUGUGUCGGAAGGCCAGGAAGAUGUCUUCAAGACUGAAUUUGAAGAUUCUUUCAUUGAGGAAAACUCUAUGCAUACCGAUGAAGAAAUGAUCAUGGAAGAUGAAAUUAAUAGAGCAGCUGAAGCAAAAGAAGAGUUCAUUGAAAGCUGCAGUGAUUGGAGUAUCGAUUUAGUAUUUGAUGAUGAUAAUAGUGAUGCAGAUUGGGAAGAAAAAAAGAUGCCAAGAAAAUCUAACAAAACUGAUAAAUCUAAAAUUCUCAAAAGAGAAGAAGUUGAUGAUGACGUAUUUGAAUCAUUAUUAUAUGACGAUGAUGAAGAUGUUAAGGAUGAUGAUGAUGAUGAAGACUACGAGGAGUUUGUCACACAAAUCUCCGCAUCAGGUAAAGAACAAAUUACCGUGGAGCCCAUUUAUCCCUGUGACAGAUGCAAAAGAAAAUUGAAAUCAAAAUUAUCGCUAAAAAAGCAUCAAGAAAUGCACACCAAACGAGAUAAUGAGGAACCGAAAUUUGUGUGUAAUGUUUGUGAUAGAGCAUUUUCACAAGGCUAUAUGCUAAAAGAUCAUCUGCGUACACACAGUGGCGAAAGACCAUUUUUAUGUUCAGAAUGUGGAAAAUCCUUUACAUCAUCCGGCAGUUUAAAACAACAUUCAUUCCGACAUCUUAAUGAAAAGCUUUUUAACUGUCCGGAUUGUCCAAAAUCAUUUCCUACAAAAACUGAUUUGGCGUCUCACUACGAUGUUCAUAAAGCGAGGCCAAGAACACAUAUUUGCGAUAUUUGCGGUCGUGGAUUUCCAAAACCAUUUCUAUUGAAAAAACAUAAAAUGUAUCACACUAAUGAUCGGCCAUUUUCUUGUGAAUAUUGUGAUAAACGUUUCAUAACGAAUGAGAAACUGCAACGCCACGUUAGAAUUCAUACUGGUGAAAAACCAUAUAAAUGCAGUUAUUGUGAGAAGGCAUACUGUCAAUCGAAUGAAUUAACCAAACAUUUAAGAAUUCAUUUAGGAGAUAAUGUAUAUCAGUGCGAAUUGUGCCCUCUAAGAUUUCCCACAGUUAAAGUAGUCCGAGAGCACUUCUCUACGCAUAAAAACGAUGAUGAGGAAACUAAAUCCCGCAAUUUGGCAGAACUUAAUGCGUUGACUUUAAAAGGAAUUUAUUGUAGAGUUCAAUCUGGUACACCCAGGUUAGCUGAUUGUAAAAAUUCCAAGGCAAUAGGUGGUAGUGACCUAAGCGGCGUGGUACCUCUGGACUUCUCUCCAAGUACCUCCGCCAAUGCGGCUAAACCCCCUGUUUCGGGUGCCUCUAAGGGGGAAGCGACUAAGUCGCCCCUCACGGAGGCUUCCCAUAUGCCAAUUGUGCGUUCAGGUCUUGUGAAGGAAUCCUCCUGUCCUGAAGACCAUUCACCACUGGCCAAUUCCGGCUCUGAAACAAAUCCCAGGCAUAAAAACCCUGCUAGAAGGGCUGCUACCACCAGGCGUUCCGCCUAUCGCUUUAUUGAGGCACUUGGCUGUAAACAAGUCGAGGAUCUCACUAAGGUGCAACAGGCUUCGCUUUCUUGGGCGAAAGCCUACAUUGCUGGUCUCAAGACCGUUCCUCCUUCUGCUGAUUCUUCAGCGGGGCCUAAACGGCAACGUUCAGAGGAGGACGCAGUGACCAAGAGCCAGCAACCGGGACCUAAAAGGCCCAAGAUUGUUAAAGACAACCUCGUCAGGGCGGUUAUCGAUCGGAGUGUCGAUGACGGAUUCAUAUCUCAAUUGAAUUGGGAUAUGGUGAAGCAAAAACUGGUAGGGGUGUUCUGGAAAGUUCUCAAAGAGAACCCAGGCACUCCUCCUCAAUGCGAUGAUGCUGGUUGGUACCAGGGUCACGUUAAACUGAUGUCUUGCGUAGAUGAACGCUCAGCGUUGCUACUAAAGACUGCUGUCGCAUCAUUGGGCGAGGUAUGGCCGGGAUCUAGGCUUGAGGUGGUAUCUGUGAGUGAGAUACCCCGAAAGCCUAGAUCAAUAGCUAAAAUACCAGCUGAGCCAUCUAAUCCAACUCAAGACUGGAAAGUUGUUAAGGUUACGGACGCUGAUGGCAAUGAAGAUACAGUAGCAGUCUCAUGGGAAACUAAUGAAGGUUGUUUGUUAUGGUUGAUAUCCAGCUAUAUGGCGCAUGACAACGGAGAGCAUCCGCCAAAUGAUGCUGCCCGUAGUGCUGUGAAAAAGGCGAACGAGUCCAGGAUACCUUUGGUCAUCUGUGCUGACGCUAACUCGCACCACAUUAUAUGGGGUAGCAGCGACACCAACACAAGAGUAUCAAAUAUACAGAUUUUUAUUAUGAAUAGUACAACUAUUACACUCUUGGAAAACUUUUGUAGAACUUGUAUGAAUGGCGAAGUUGAAGAUGAAAAAGAAACAAAAGGCAAUGAACGCAAAACUAUGUCCAUUUUUAAAGAAACAGAAAGUAUGAAAUGCAAAAAUAUAACAAUUAUGGAAUUACUUAUGCUUACCACACCACAACUGAAUAUUGAAAGUGGCGACAUGUUGCCCAAAACAGUGUGCGAAAGUUGUCUUGAAAGGCUCAUAAAUGCUCACGAAUUUCAGCUAAUGUGUAUAAGAGUUGAAGAAAAGUUUCGACAAAUGAUUAAAGAACAGACGCCUGUAAAUUCACAAAUUAUCACAGACCCUUUAAUAGAUAACUCCUCAGCCGUAACUCAGGCUAUAAACGAUUUAAGCAAUAUAUUAAAAAUUGAAAUGGAUGAUCCAAUAAUAUACCAGCAUGAGUCUACGUUUAACAAUAAAAACUUAAAUGUGGACACGGAAGACAUAAAAUUUGAAACGGAAGAAAAUCAGUGGGAGGACUACAGUGAUAGUGACGAAUUUUGCGAUGUCGACAGUGAUAAAGAUAGUGAAUGGGAAACUCCGUCUAAUGUUACAAAAAGUAAAAAAGGUGUGAAGACUGCAGUAAAAAAGCUGAAAGAUGUAACUACUAGCAAUCUUGAAAAUUCUAAAGAUAAAGACGACGAAAAAGAUGAUAGUCCUUCAGAGGAAUGUAAAGAAACUAAGAAAAAUUCAAAGGAAGCAAGUAAUAGUAAGGAUAACGGAAGUAAAAACUUUGUAUGCGAUGAGUGUGGAAACCGUUUAUCAACGCGCAAAAGUUUAAAACGACAUAAACGAAUACAUCUUAGGCCAGCAGUAGGGGGUGAGGAGGGUGAAACUAAAACUAGAACUAAAUAUGAAUGUGAAGUUUGCAAAAAGGUCUUUCAGCAAUCCAGUUCAUUAAAGGAUCAUAUGAGAACACAUACGGGGGAACAGCCUUAUCUUUGCUCGGAGUGUGGAAAAGCGUUUAAAAGUUUAAGUAACAUGAAGCAACAUUUCCUACGUCACGGUACCGAUCGACCAUAUGUCUGUCAACAUUGCCCAAAAAGAUUUCCUUGUCUAAGUGAUUUGGCGUCGCAUAAAGUUGUCCAUAAUAAAAUAAAAUCACACAUUUGCGAUAUAUGUGGUGCCGGUUUUACGAAACCAUAUCUUUUGAAAAAGCACAAAAUGUAUCAUACAGGUGAAAGAAAUCAUAAAUGUGAUUACUGUGACAUGAGAUUUGUUUUAGCUGACCAAUGCCGAAGGCAUAUGCGUACUCAUACUGGAGAAAAACCAUACAAAUGUAAAUAUUGCGAAAGGGCUUUUGCCCAAAGCAAUGACUUAAUUAAACACAUGCGUGGGCAUAUAGGAGAUAAUGUUUACAAAUGUGAUUUAUGCCCACAAGGAUUUCGUCUGCAAUGUGAUUUACGAGCACACUUUUAUACUCAUAAAGAUGAUGAUGAGGAAACUAAAACUCGUAAUUUGGAAGCUCUUAAAGAGGAAGAAAGAAGACUUCAAGUAAAAUUCGGUCUUGUGGGAGGUACAUAA